AUGGGCCUCGUCGAGUACUCGGACUCCGAGUCCGACUCGGAAACCGUCGUCGCCCAGCCUCCUCAGAAGCCCACGGCCGCCGCUCAAGCAUCGAGUACCACCACCACCGCCACCACGAAAAAGCCAUUCCAGCGGAUCGUAGACAGGUCGAAGCCCGGCAAGAUCGUAGUCAGCCUUCCCGGCGCGGCGGCGACAAGAUCCACGCAUUCCGACGCGAAGAACGAUGAACAACCACCGCCGCCGAAACGCGCACGGGUCGGCGGCGGCGGCGGCGCAUUCAGCGGCUUCAACGCGCUGCUGCCACCACCGAAAAACGCCGGCGGCAACAAGCCUGCCGCGAGCUCCACCAGUAGCGGCAAGCCAGCACCCAGGCCGGGCGUGAACCUCAAGACGGGCGCGACACCGGGAUUCAGGCGAGACAAUGAUGGCGACUUUGAUGAUGAUGACGGCGGCGGCGACCGCGGGAGGGCGCCAGGACCGGCGGAACCCUCGAUACCCGAGGGACAAAAGCCGGCAGACGAGGUCAAGCUCGUGGGGAAGCCCAUGAUGUUCAAGCCGCUCUCGGUUUCGAGGAAGCCGGCAAAGGGCAAAGGGGCAGCGCUGGGCGGCGUGAGAGCAGCAGCUGCGGCCGCCGUCGCGGGCACGACAAAGUCUACUCCAGCCGCCGCCGUUGUUGUCCCGCCAGUUGACGGCGCGACGCCGCCGUCAGCGGCGGCAGCGGUGGAAGCAGGAGAUCUCGGGCCUCCAAAAAAGAAGAAAAAGAUGUCGUUAUUUUCCAUAUCACACGAGGGCGACGCCGACGGUCCGACGGCCAGCAAUGCUGGUGGCGUGUACGAGCCCGUGUUUGCGAGCGACGACAACGUGUCCACGCAGGAGGCCUUCGCGCAGUACGACGCGCAGUUUGCAUCCCACCAACACUCCGAGGUAGCCGCAUCGGCCGACCAAACCAGCUAUCAUCAGCAACCCCUAGUCAACACGAGCAACGACCUAGACUCGAUAGCGUCAGACCUAAACCUCUCGGCGGCAGCCCGGCGCGAGCUGUUCGGCCGGCGCGGCGUCCCCGACCCGACCCAGUCGGCGAGCCGGGUCAUCAACUUCAACACGGACCGCGAGUACGCGGCCAACGAGGAGCUGCGCGCCAGCGGCGAGGCACAGCCUACGUUCAACCCGGUCAGGGCCAUUGCUCCCGGCAAGCACAACCUGCGCCAGCUCGUCAACCAGGUCCAGAACCAGCGAGAGGCGCUCGAGGAGAGCUUUGCCAAGGGCCACAGGAACAGAAGCGAGGCCAGUGCCAAGUACGGGUGGAGGUGA